AUGGCUUCAUUUAUUAUGAAACAAAUGAUGGGUUCUCAACUAGAUAAAGUUAAAGAAUUGACUGGUGGUGAUGGCGAUAAAAAAGAUGGUGGUAAUGAUGAAGAAGAUCCUGAGGUUGCUGAAGCUCGACGUGAAGCCGAAGAAAAACGUGAUGCCAAGUAUGCUAAAAUGGAACGUCAACGAGAAGAAGUUCGACAAGCUAUUAGAGAAAAAUAUAAUAUUAAAAAAAAAGAAGAAUCAGUUGCAUUACCACCACCAUGCGAAGGACGUUUGACAGCAGACAAAAAAGGACCUAUUCCAUUACCCGACGAUGAUGAUAGUUUUGAUCCAGUUAAAAUGGCAACAAAUGCAUUAAAUACAAUAACCGAUAAAUUGCCAUUUAAAUUACCGUGGAAAUAA